AUGCCAGGCUUUUCACGCCACAAUGACUUUGCUUUCUCAUCCACUUUGAUAAACGCAUUCGACCCUUGUUCAACUGUAACUCGUAAACGACAAUGGCAUCUCAACACCGAUGGUCCUGAAUUUGUCCCUGUGAAAAGAAAACGAAGGCACCAGCAACAGCAACAGCAGCAGCUCGCCUCUACAACUACUACUACUUCAAGUCAAGAACAAGAGAAUCUCAAUGCACAAGGUGAUCCAACAACCGUUGCAGUGGAAAAAGUCGUCGACUAUUCGGCAUUGUUGAGGGAGCUUGAACCUCUUUCUGGUGAAGCCUUGUUUGAACGACUUGUUACUUUGCCGCUACCACAGGUGGAUUAUGUAUGUCAACAAAGAAAGGAUACCUGGUCUCAGGAGGAUAUCAUGGAUCUUUGUCAUGCGAUUAGCAACAACACCUCUUCGUUAUCAUCAAUGACAUGCAUCAGUGCACUUGUUCGACACGUGGUCAUUCCCAAUGUCGAUAGUCUACAAAAGCGUGUAUUCUUGACAAGCGUUACCGAGCAUAUCCCUGAGCGGUCGUUGUUGGAUGGCUUGGUGAUCCCAAUGUUACCAGAGUUGACUCGUCCACGUGUCCAAAUUCUUCUCAAGCUGCCAUUGACACCCACAUCACGCACAAGUCUAUUACGUGCCGUAUGUACCAACGCAUCUCUCAAGCCUUGGAGUGACGCAUUACAACAAUUCGUCGAACGCACCUUGAGUCAACAACCCCUCUUGACAACGGGUAUCACGUCCGAUGUGGCAACGACUUUGGUGAACGAAGCCAAUCUUCAGAUACUGUUGGUGUUGACAAGCAAAUAUGGGCAACUUCUUGUGAAUCAGCAAUUGCUCAAUGUCGUGGAAGCUAAGGCACAAGCUAGCCAACAAGUGCUUAAGCGGGCAGUGCUUGGUCAAGUGACAUCCAUCCGCAAGCGAUUAGGGAUCUAA